CAGGGUGAUGGCCGUGGCCGCGGAGGAUGCGGGCGUCACUCUCGUCUCCUUCAGCCGCAGUAGGCCCACCCACCGCACCUGCCAUCGCGCACACGACCCAUCUCCUCCCCCUGGGUUCCCCCGGGUGGGUGGUCGUAGGCCAGGUCGCUCGGGCCGCCGCUCGCUCUCGCGCCUGCUGGGGCGCUGCGCCGACACUCAAGAGGAGGACGAGCCCCACGAUCCCGGCGACUCCCGGCUCCCGAGUGCCCCCCGCCACGGCCCCCCAGAGGCUGCGCAGGCCCCCCUGCCGCCCCCGCACCCCGGCCACCCCCGCGGCCUUCCCUCGGUCGUCGCGGACGCGGAGCGCCACUGCCCCGCCACGCCGGACGCCCUCCCGCGCCUCGGCCCCUCCCUGCCGGACCUGCCGGACUCGCCGCAGCACGACCGCGACAAGAUAAAGUUGGUGGGAUUCAAGCGCUCGCACUCUUUCUGCGUCGAGGCCCAGCGCCCCGCCGGGGGGCGUCCCCCCAGCGUCUCCCACAGUGCCGCGUUCGGCGCCGACAGCGGCGGGGCGGGCGAGGCACCGUGGCCGCAUGAGUGCCACACGCUGAAGACGUCCCGGGAGGUGAAGAUGGACUGUGGUCCAACAUGGACAAGGACGAUGUCUUCGCCAACUUCAUGCGGGAGAGCCAGAGCCGCUUCAGCAGCCUGCUGGAGGAGCGAGGCUUCACCCACAUCCCUCCGCCCGCGGGCUUCGGGGCGCCCACACGCCCCACUUCGCUCCUGGCCGCCCUCGCCUGCGGCCCCACGAGCCUGGACGAGGCGGAGCUCUCUGGCGCGGCCAGCAGGCGGGCGGCCUCCCGACGGGCGGCCUACACCAUGAAGCGCUCCGCCACGGGAGGCUUU